GCAGGACAUUCUAUGUAGACUUAAAAUCAUAUUAUUGCUGUUCUGUGCACUCUUUAAUAUGUUACUAUUCACAAUAAUAUCCAUAGAAAGAUACAUAAAAAUCAUAUACCGGAAUUUCUAUGACAAAUAUGUGACAUUUCAACGCAUGUCAUUACUUCUAAUCGGAAUAUGGAUAUAUGCGGCAGUAAUUGUAGUCCCGAUCUAUAGCGAUCUGUCUUACAGUAGAUCAUGCCAUGCUGUUCAGGCCAUGAGACAAGGAUACGGUGUGAUUAUGACGCCUCAUAUUUUAGUAACUUUUAUUACAAGCACUAUCAUGUAUAUCCGUCUGUACUGUCACAUUAGAAAAUCAAUGGUUAAAGUUAAUCCUGUCAAUGACGAAGCUGUUUCAACAAUUACUCGCUCCCAUCAAAGAACUCAUCAUAAACAAGAGUAUGAGGUGACAAAAACACUUGCCAUAUUAGUGAUUUCAUUCUGGCUCAGUUGGUUCCAGCUCGUUCUAGUUUCGUAUAUAAUUCGAUAUGUGAACAUUGCCUAUGAAUUCAUUUUUCUGAAUUUCUCGUUCCUCAUAGUCUGCUUCGUGGCAGGAAUGAAAUCCUGGAUUUUUGCUUUAAGGCACAAAGUAUUCAGAAAAAUGAUGAAACGUGUGCUGAAACCAAUUUGUAAGACAAAUGAAGAUUUAGAAAAUUUGGGAUUUACAUCUCAUGAUGGUUUUCAAACUAUUGGAUUAAGUAAUUAUGUUAAUCCAGUUAAUCCACCUCCAAAUCAACAACAAUCACAUUAAUAUGAACAAAGUUGCAUUGAUUUGAAGUAUCACCAUCAUACAACACAGCUUUAAUUUAAACACGACACUCAGCUCCACUUCGGCAUUGCCAUUCUUUACACACAAGAUGGAUCAAUCCCAUUUAAGACAGGAAAGACUGUAUUUAAGAACAGGAAAGACU